AUGGCAGUCCCUUCGGUGUUUUUGGUGAUGGUCAGUGGUCAGAUUGAAUCAGCUGAGUUUCCAGAGUUUGAUGACAUUUAUUGCAAGUACUGUUUUUCGUAUGGCCUCGACUGGGCUAUGACAUCAGGACUUGAAGAAAGCAUAACUCAAGUGACCAAGAAAAGUCAAGAUCAGUACAAAAGAUUUGUAUGGAAUUUUCCCAUUGAUGCCACCUUCAAGAGCACAAGUCCUGCUGGAUGGCCACAGCUCGUAGUCUAUGCUUAUGGUUUAGAUGCCUUUGGUACAGAUGUCAUUAGAGGCUAUGGUGUGUGCCAUGUACCAGUAACACCUGGGAGGCAUCGAUUGAGGAUUCCCAUGUUUGUACCCGAGUCCUCAUCAUUGCUUCAGAAGUUUACAGCUUGGGUUCUUGGAAGGCGACCUGAGUAUGUUAAUCCCAGAGUUGUAGCUCAAGGAGAAGGCAGGGAAGUAACUAGAGUCAGAACUCAAGGUUUCCUCGUGGUUUCUCUCAACGUGAUUAUGAAGGACAUGAAGAAGCUUGGUUAUGAUGUCCUGCCCUCAGAUGUCCAGAAUCCAACAAUUCCAGACAGUGUUACAAAAACCACUGUGGGAGCUUCUUAA